AUGAAGGUCAUCAUCCGUGACGACAAAGACGGUGCUUCCAAGUACGCAGCCCGAUACAUCGUCAACCGCAUCAAUGCCUUCGCGCCGACUCCCGAAAAGCCCUUUGUCCUUGGACUACCCACUGGCAGCAGCCCCGAGAUCAUUUACAAAUAUCUGGUUGAGGCGCACAAGGCCGGUGAGGUAUCAUUCGCCAAUGUUGUGACUUUCAACAUGGACGAAUACGUGGGUCUGCCUGAAGAACAUCCCGAAUCCUACCACAGUUUCAUGUACAAGCAUUUUUUCGCCCACGUCGACAUCAAUCCUGAGAAUGUCAACAUUCUCAACGGCAACGCUCCCGAUCUGAAAGUCGAAUGUGCUGCAUAUGAAGAAAAGAUUGCCCGUGCCGGUGGGAUUGACCUGUUCCUGGGAGGUAUUGGACCAGAUGGACAUAUUGCAUUCAAUGAGCCAGGUUCUUCGCUGCGCUCAAGGACCAGAGUCAAGACAUUGGCGGAAGACACAAUUCGGGCCAAUUCGCGCUUCUUUGGCGGCGACCUCAGCCAAGUCCCCAAACAAGCCUUGACUGUUGGUGUGGGCACCGUUCUCGAUGCGCGGGAGGUCCUGGUCAUCGUCUUGGGUUCCAACAAGGCCGUCGCUCUGGCUAAAACGAUUGAGGGAGGUGUCAGCCAGAUGUGGACUUGCAGUGCACUGCAGAUGCAUGAGAAUGCUAUGAUUGUCUGCGACGACGCCGCCACGGACGAAAUGAUGGUGAAAACGGUCAAGUACUUUAAAAGCAUCGAACAAGUCUCCGCAGGCCAAGAGACCGCCAAAGCCACUCCUCAACGGUCGCAGGUUCGGUUAGACAACUGGCGCGCGGGGUUGAAGGACCUCAGAAUCGAUACGGAGAAGAAAGAGCUGUUGGAACAAGACGAUGGAGAACUGACACCAGAUAGCAUGUCCUCGAGGCUGGUGGACUCGGCCAUCGCCAUGAACGACAAGAAGAUGGGGGAUUUCAUAUUCGACCGUAUGGGCUCGCGGGUUUCGACUUUUGCGGCAUAA